UCCCAAGGCUAAGGGGAAUAAAACACUUGUUCACCCAAGUUUGGAACCAUCUUAACUGAAUUAUCUCAUUUAACAAAUACUGAUAUGUGGAAUGCUAUUUUGAUCACAAUAUAUAUAGUGGUCUUUAUUGGAGGUGUGUGUGGAGUCAUCCAUAUGUCAUUUUUGCUAGUGAAAAUGAAUACGCUGUCAGUGACCACAACUGCAAUUGUAAACCUGGUAGCAAUUCACACCCUUUUUCUGGGGACUAUUCCUUUUCGAUUGUAUUAUUACAUCACAAGAAACUGGAUCUUUAGUCAGUUAUUUUGUAAAUUUGUAAGCGCCAUGGUACACUUUCAUAUGUAUCACACCUUUUUAUUCUACGUGUUCAUCUUGGUAACCAGAUGCUUUGUUUUCUUUCAAAGGAAGGAUAAGGUGGAAUUCUACCGGAAUUUGCAUGCUGUUGCAACUAGUACAGCUGUUUGGGUUUUGGGUAUUUCUAUUGGGUUGCCUGUAAUGAUUUUUUGGUAUGGGAACACAGGCAAAUAUGAGAAUAAUACAUGUUUUCAGUUUCAGCAAGAGUUUGAGAAAGAUUCGGUGAAAGCAGUGAAUUAUACUUUAAUCAGCUUAAUGGUUGCUGUGACUGGCAUCCUAUUGGGCCUGCACAUUUUCAUGGUUCUCAAAGUGGUGAAAAGAAUUUCAGGACCUGUUUGGUCACAUCAGGAGUUUCGGGCCCAGCUGAAGAGCUUGGGUUUUGUAGCAGUCAUAAUUCUUUGUUUCCUCCCUCAUCAUUUUUUUCGGAUUUAUUACGUUCAGAAUGUCAGUGACAGGCAUGAUCCCCAGAUGUAUACAUACAAUGAAAUUUUUUUGAGCAUCACUGCAAUCAGUUCCCUUGAUCUAUUUUUAUUUGCAUUAACCGGAAACCAAACAUUGAGGCAAAAGGUCACUGCACUUUUAUGCUGUUAAAACUUUAUAUAAUUAUAUAACAAAGGCCUACACAGAUUGGUUAUUUAGGCAGAUUUAAUUAUUUUUUUCCAGAAGAACAAUGUAGUCAUGAUACAUUCCAUGUAUGUUUCACCUGAAAAAUAGUCCUUUUCCAGCAAAUGAAAUCAGGGGCAUAAAUAAAAGUCCAUACAUCCACAGGCAGUGAUAAGACGGUAAUACAGCAGAAGUAAUACUAGGAGAUAGUCCAAAAAUCAGUAAGAAAAAUAGGGCAGAAACUAGGAACCAAACUAAUCUCUGAACAAAAAUCAUAGCCCAAGAGGUCGGAAGUACUGAUCUAUAGCUCAAGAACUGACCAACAAGGAUAUAGAUAUUAUUCCAGCAAUCUACUCCCAAGACAAGAUUUAUAUAGCUCUAACUCCAGAGCUACUUAGCAUCUGCUGCUCCUCAUCAAUAGCUAAUGGACAAAGAU